UCUAACCUCUGGCGUCAGUUCACCGACGAGCAGAGGUGACUUUGGAGAUCUGGCUGUCAGCCUGUCUGUGAGGAGGUUCAUGGUUCAUUAUCUGGCAGUCUGAGGUCUGUUAGUCUCAGUUAAGCCCAUAAAGGUGGUUUAUUUUAGCUCUGAGCUGUUAUAUGUGCUCCCCGCCCCCCUCCGGGCUCACUGAGGUCUAUCCUCAGGGGUAAGGUCAGACCAGAAACCCCGUUUCCUUGACGACUUUGCGGAAGUCUCUGGACCAUGUGGGUACACCGUGUCCUGAUUUACCAAUGCUCCAGAGAGGAGGGGGUAUUGUGUUUGUGUAGUUCUUAUCUGGAGAGGUCCUGCAGGUGGAGCGUUGAAGUCCAGGUGACGGAUCAGAUUUCAGGACCGUAGUGGAGUCCAGACCAGAAGAAGCAUGUCCACAGACCAGGAGCCCACCUACACCGUGAAGUUGCUGCAGCUGCUGCUGCUCUCCACCUACUGGGGGAUGCAGAUCUGGGUCACCUUCAUUUCAAGUUUUGUGAUGGACAACCACCUGAACAGACACACGUACGGGUUCAUCCAGAGCCGGCUCGUCCCGUUCUACCUCCACCUUGGAUCGGCCUGCGCCUUCUUCAACCUCACCAUCUACGCCGUGUAUCAUCCCAGCGACCUGCUGGACGACAGAGAGGCCUUCCAGAUCUUCAUCUUCUUCGUGUCGGUGACAGUGGCGGCGGUGAACGCUCAGUGGUUCGGUCAGAUGACGUCAGAGAUCAUGGCCGACAUGCACAUGGUGGAGCAGGCGUGCGGUCUUGGUCAGGACAUCGGGCAGUCGUCGAACAGAGAAGCUUACGCCAAGCUGUCGGAGACGGACGUGAAGUACCGACACCUGAGCAGCCGCCUGUGGCUCUACAGACUCCUGUCAUCGCUUUGCAACCUCUGCUGCAUCGGCUGCAACUUCUACAGCCUGUGCUACCUGGCCGAGAACCUGAAAACGCUCUGAGAUUGACUCAGCAGCUGGACUGUCGCCACAAAGCUUUAAAUCUAGACUCUCAGAUUUUUGUAUCCGUGGUAAGUUAUAUAUUUAAAGUCUCUCUCCUCUUUAAGAUUCAUAUUCAGGUUGUGUUGUUUGUGUCUCUGGGAAUAAUGACAGAGUGCUCAGACUUUGGGAUCAGCUCCUCGUGAGUCAUGCCUCACCUCUCACCCAGUGUGUGUGAUCCUGCUGGCACCCUGCAGUCCUCUCUUUACCAUAAACCGUGGAGGAGGUGUGUUUUUAAAGCUUUGUGUUUGCAGGAGCGGAAACACUGCACCUUUUUUAUGUUCGACAUCAUUAAGGACACACGCUGCUCCGUUAUGCUCCGUCCUGCUCCGUCCUGCUUGCCCUGUUUGGGUGGAGUUUUAAAUACUCCUGUGCAGUCUGGUGUCUCAGGUUAGUCCGGUUCUCCUUCAGCUCUCACUUUCUUCAGGUAUGAAGAUUUGUUUAUCGUUGCGCCCCUACUUUAUAGAACAUUUGGAAAAUAACCCUUUAGGCAGCAAACUGUGAUCUAACCUGUAAUCUGACACCUCGUUGUGGUUACAAGCUUUAAAUACAAUGUUAAAGUCAAUCAUGAUGCUAAUGUUGUUAGCUUCAGUCGGUUUCAUAUCCAGCUACGAUCUCCUCACUGGAGCUUUAAGGUCAAUAAGUGCACAAGUGAGAGAUAAUGUAUAGGGAGCAGGUGGUGAUGCAGCUUUAACCUCCAGCUUACUCGACAUUAACCUUCAGCUACCAACCAAAGAGAAAAACAAGUUGACACUGCAUGUUGUCGGUCGCUCUGAUUCCUCGUUUGGUAGAGCGUCCAUGACAGUGAUAUUUUCUUCUCAGCCUCCUCGUGGGAGGAAUGAACUAGCUGAACAUUUUUAGCUAGCUUCAUGUUUUCUUCCUCUCUGCUGCUGACUGCUCAGAUAUUUACCACCAAUCUGAAGUUUUCUGCUCUCCAAACAAAUUAAAAUAAAGCUAAAACAAAUCCUUCAUGUUUACUGAUUUAGCAUGCUAACAGAAGCUAAUGUUUUUGCCACAGUGUCAACAGGCAGAGGUGAAAUGUGCCAGACUCCUUUCCGCAGAUUGAUCUGAUUGGAGUUGACGUGUGAUCAGGUCGCCCCUGUCGUUGAAUUAAUUACAGUUGUCAUGGGGUUUCGACCAAUCAGAAUCAAGUAUUUAUCUCAGCUUGGUAAUAAUGAUGUUUUAUAAUUCACUAUAAUUCACGUGGACGCUUUUAAACCCUCCUGAGCUCUGGAGACUGAACGAUGUUCUCUGAUAUUUAUAAACUCUGAUAGCUUCAUGAGUUUUGACGUACUUGUGAUGGAGUUGUGUAACUUAAAGAUUUACAGAGCAGAGGCGUCUUUAUUUUGAAUUCCUGAAGUAUGUUUUCUGUAAUUGCUCAAAUAUGAUAAUAUGUUGUGAGGAGCUGAAGCAGCCAUGUUGGAUCUGAAACCAGAUUAUCUGUGUGCAGAAAAAAGCUCUCAGGUUUCUGUCUGUUUGAAGAUCUUUGAUUUAUGUUGUUAAAAAAUGAAGCUCUGUCAUUGAUAGUAAAUGUUCUUUUUUUUUUUUUCACAUUUUGGAAUUACGACGAGUUUAAGGACGACGUUGAAGAAGAAUGAGGAGAGAUUUAAGAGAAAUUAUGAAGUAACAAGAAAACAUCGUAAAUGAUUGAAUACAUAUGAAAAUGUACAGGGGAAAGUCGUAAAUUUACAGGAAUAAAGUCGUCAUUUUAAUCGUUGAUUAUUUUAAGAGCAGUUCGCACUAAACGUGGAACAUCGUGUGAAGUUAAACUUUAGCCGAGCUUUCCCAAAUAUUGUUUAUAUAACACCAAUUGUUUUAAAGAUAUCUUUUCAGAGUCCUGAAACACUGCGGUGCUCAUGAGCCAGUUUUAUUAUUUAUUUUUUAAAUACUAACUUGUUUCUGAUAAAAACACAACUUUUCGUUUAAAAUGACAAUUUUAUUUUCAAAAUACUAGAACUUUAUUCUCGUACAAUUUGACUUCAGUCUCGAAAUAUUACGACUUAAUGACUUUAGUCUCUCAAAAACAACUUUCUCCCACAAUUUUAUUGUUAAAUAACGAUUUUACUAUAUUAUGACUUUAUUCUCAUAAUACAACUUAUUCUCGUAAAUCUUUUUUUUUUCUUACCCUUGUCCUCCUAUAAUUUGACUUUAAUCACAAUAUGACUUUAUAUCGAUAUACUUUGACUUUAGUCUUUUGAAAGUACAACUUUUAUUUCAUACGACUUUAUCAUCGUAAAAUACCGAUUUCAUUUUCAUCAUAUUAAGACUUUAUUCUCAAUACUACAAUUUAUUCUCAUCGAUCUCUUUUAUUGUCUCUUACAACUUUGUCCUUGUGAAAUUACGACUGCUUUUGUUUACGUGGAUUUUUUUUCUUGUCAAUUUAAGACUUUUUUUUUCCCUCCAAAAACGGAACUCUCAAAAUCUCUCUUUUAAUAUUCUGUAAUCCGGCCCUCAUCGUAGUCGUAUUGAAUAACUUUAUAAACCUCCUGUGUUUUCUGCUCCUCUCUGUUUUGCUGCAACUCAUGUCGUCUUGUCCGUGUUCACGAGUCUCACUCGUCCUGUAAACCAAAGACAGACUCAGACUCUGCUUCUUGUAUGUCCUGGACUGAUGAAGGUUCUCUCUACGUGCACAUUAAACGCAAAGACAAUGCAACAUGACUUUUUUUAAACCGUACUCAUCCUCUCCAUCAGCUCGGCAUUAAAGUCGAUCUGAAACUAUAUGAAACUUUAUUUAGAUGUUAAAUUCUGGAUAUUUAAACCACUUUGUUGAGAUGUCUUUGCUGUCAGAGGUCGGUACAGUUUAUGGUUGUGGGUGGUUUGAAAAACAUGUUUUUAAAUGUAUGAUUGUUUUUGUAUUAAAACAAGUUGAAUAUCA